AUGCUCGCUCUUUCAUCCGCCCGCUCGCUGCUGGCUGCGUGCCGGCCGUCGACGUCGAUCUUCUCGUAUGUCUCGAGAUCGUUAGCACCCGCACUUCCGCUGGGCUUUGCGCGCUUCCGCUCCCAGUUCGCGCCGCGACGCGUCAAAUUCUUGAAGCGGCAUAAGGGCGUUGUACCCAUUCCUAUUGGAGGCUCGAUCAAGGGCACGACGCUCGCAUUUGGAGACUUUGGGAUACGGAUUAAGGAGAAUGGGAAGAGGCUGACUGCGAAGCAGCUCUCGUCCGCAGAGGAGGCGAUCAAGAGGAAGAUCAAGCUGGUAAAGGGCGCAAAGGUGUUCAUGAGAGUGUUCCCGGACAUUCCGGUUUGCAUCAAGGCAAAUGAUGUUUUGCAGGGGAAUGAAACGCGUAUGGGUAAAGGAAAGGGGACUUUCGAAUUCUGGGCUACUCGUGUUGCACCAGGUCGCGUCAUCUUUGAGGUUGGUGGUGUUCCAAUCCGGGAGGAGGUUGCGCGUGAAGCCCUUCGUCUCGGAGCAGACAAGCUACCGACCGUUAUGGAGUUCAUCACCCAUGAUACACCACCACGCCUUGGAAGUCUGGUGGUACCAGCAGAAGAGCUUGCAGCGAUGCCGAUUGUCCCUGUGCGUGCACCAUAG